CAGUGAGCGUUGGUCAGUGUUCCAGAACAGAGGUGUUAGGCGAUUUCUUGAAGACUGGCUUGUGUCCAUGCUUUCACAGUGAUGCUUAGAUGCUAGUUUAACAUGCAUAAAAUCAUGUUUAUCAAAUGAACACUGUAUUAGAUAUCACUGAUGUAAAGACAGACAGCUUAUGACGUCCCUUUACGUUUAAUCAAAUGAAAUAACGGAAGAAAAGGCGUUAUUCGCAAGAUUAUUGUGGGAAACGAGACAGUCACCAUGUCACUCGGUCGAAUGCAUAUUAAUCGUCACCUGAGUUGUAAGCUACAGGCACCAUGACUUCAGUUAAACAUCUGAGUUCCGCCGAGCGUCGAGGGGCUUACCGAGAGCGCUCACGGAGCCAACCGCCCCCCUCCCGUCCGAAUUCCACGGCCCGUCAGAGUUUCACGAAUGGAGAGGUGAUGGCAGUUGGCCCUGCCAAAUCUAGAAGAGGCAGCGACUGGGGCAUCCAUGGCGUGGGCAGGAGGAGAUUUCAUUCGGCCAAAAUGGAUGAGCUCCGGAGAGCAAGUCGAAGGUCCAUAAGCUCCGCAGUGUCUUCGUGCUCGACGACGCGCACCGUUGAGGCCUUCACUCCUGCAUCUCGCAUGAGGGGCGCCGUGGUGGCGGGACCCCCGAAAUUAGGGGUCUUUCGCCCCCGCCCUUCCUCGCCGACCACCUUCAGGAGAAUGUACGAGAGGGGAGACGUUCCGGUGACCUUGCAUCACGAUCACCACGGUCACACCCUGCGGUGGAAGGUUGACAUAGAAAAGCUCGACUACCACCACUACCUGCCCCUCUUCUUCGACGGUCUUCGAGAGACGAGUCAUCCCUACGACUUCUUCAGCAGGGCCGGCAUAAGGGAUCUCCUGAGUAGAGGAGGCGACAAGAUCCUGCCGGUCAUUCCACAGCUCAUCCUACCCAUCAAAAGUGCUCUAAACACGCGUGACGUUCGGGUCAUCUGCACGGUUCUCAAAGUGCUGCAGGAACUAGUGAUUUCAGCCCCUCUUGUCGGAGAGGCUCUGGUUCCUUAUUACAGGCAAAUCUUACCCACGCUCAACCUUUUCAAGCACAAAAACGUCAACUCGGGCGAUGAGAUCGACUACUCCCAGCAGAGACGAGAGAACCUGGGAGACCUCAUCCAGGAGACUCUCGAGAUAUUGGAGCGGCACGGAGGGCGUGACGCCUACAUCAACAUCAAGUACAUGGUCCCAACCUAUCAGUCUUGUGUCAUGAACUGAAACAGCGGCACCCUAGACUCGGAGAGGAGUCUCCCGCCAUUUUAGUUUUCUGUAAAAGGAAAAUAUUGAGAUGACUAUUUGUCUGUCUGUCCGCACUUUUUCCUUUCCGCCCUCAGAUCUUAAAAACUACUGAGGCUAGAGGGCUGCAAAUUAGUAUGUUGAUCAUUCACACUCCAAUCAUCAAACAUACCGAUUUGCAGACAUCUAGACUCAGUAGUUUUCAUUUUAUUCAGAGUUAAAGCUAGCCAUAAUCGUGCGUCUGGCAACGAUAUAGGAAAGGCCACUACCGAGCAGUGGUUAACGAUUCAUGGGCCGCGGCUCAUACAGCCUCGUACCGAGGCCACUGGAAGAUAAAUCUGUUUUCGGUGGGCUUGAUUAUACGCUGUACAGAAAACUCGAUUGAAUUUUUUCUUUUGUUUUCCUUCUCUGUGUCCCCUUUCAUUCUUGCCUGCGUCAGAUAUGGACAAUUAAUGUGUCCUCCCGUUGGCCUUGGAGUAUAUAUAGUGUUCAAACUGAGAAUAUUGAUGUGGGAUCAUUUUCUCGAAUAAGUGCGUCGAUAUUUAAAGGUCAUCAUGUGAAUAUCCGUGAUUGUUAUGCAAAUGUAAAUAUGUAAUUUUUGAGUUGCAGUAUGUUGUGUUAGUUAUUCAUUAUAUUCUCAUAUAUUCGCGUUUCGUCCUAAGCUAAGUGCACUAUGUAUAACUGACCAAAUUAUAGUGUCGUUUAAUAUAUGUAUGUAUUUAAACGCAUAUAUACAUAUAUGUGUAGUCUCACCUCUUAAGUAAAAUAAGGAGAUGAAAGGCAUACAUACUAUACUAGAAAGCCAGAUUCAUAUAUGAUGUUUAUUUACCCAAUACUGAGUAAUAAGAAGUCAGUUUUCAGUUAAGUGGUUGAUUGGAGACAGAUACUUCUCAGAGUACAAAGUUACGUCAUAUCAAUGAUCAGUGAAUCUGCAAUGUUAGCAGUUUGUUUACUGUUCAAACCCUUCUCCUAAUUUUUGAGUUUUGGUACAAAAUGAAAACAAAAUCCGUUAUUAUUGGCCAUAAAAUAUUUAUUUGUUAUUGUACCUUUGUUAUUGUUACUAAUUUAAAUAUGGAUUUAUUUGUGUUGGUAUAUCAUAAUAUUGUUUCAUGUGUCUUUCCCAAGUCUAUUACUGCUCUGUAUCCAUGUUGACAUUACGUGGACUGUAACCAUUACAAGGAAAAAUAUCGUA